UUCGAAAGCGUAAAGUGUCCUGUUUGUGAAUUGGCGGACUGUGACAAAGGUAUUUCUGAACUGCGACGCAAUAGUAAUUUUGUAAGCAAAGAUAAGUGCCCGUACGAGGCCAUUCUGAAUCGGAUGUAUCGAUUGAGUCGACGACGAGUGAUAGAGGCAAUACAGCCGUUCUACGAGCAACUGCUUGAGUGGUUCGAAAUAGCGGAGAAGUUGGUGCGAUUGGGUCGAGAAGUGGUGACGGUUGUACAGGAAUGGAUGAAUAGAGAACGAGAGAUCAUCAGUUCAUGCAUGCGAUUUGAAAUCGGCAUGAAAGUUUGUUUUCCAUUCACGUCGCGCACAGUUGUUCUUAACCAGAAUAAUAUC